AUGGUCAAGACAGUCGUUGUUCUCGGUGCCUCGUACGGCGGCCUGGCAGUCGCGCACCGGUUGCUCAAGUAUACACGCCAGCAAGAGCAGGAUCUUAGAGUUAUUCUCGUUUCAAAGACGACCCACUUUUACUGGAAUAUGGCCUCUGUCCGCGCCAUCGUGCCAGGCGUCCUUCAAGAUGAGCAGAUCUUCCAGGCGAUUGAGCCUGGUUUCGCCCAGUAUCCCAAGGAAAGUUUCGAGUUCGUUCUUGGCACCGCCACCGGCCUCGAUGUAGCCCGUAAAUCGGCCCUUGUCUCCACCUCGUCCGGCCCGAGGUCACUACCUUAUGAUUAUCUCGUCUUAGCCACCGGCGCUCGCUCGGCCAGCCCCGACAUGCCUUGGAAGGGCGCUGACUCUCACGAGAAGACAUUGAGCCUGUUGCACCAGACGGCUGAGAAAGUGAAGGCGGCCAAGCACAUCGUAGUUGCCGGCGCCGGCCCCACUGGCGUUGAGACUGCCGCUGAGAUCCGUUUCGAGUACAAAGAUAAGGAGGUCAUCCUGUUGAGUGGCGACGAGGAGAUCCUUGGCGGGGACACAGCUGCAAAGGGCAUUGAGAAUGAGAUUGUGAGGCUAGGCGUGCAGGUGAAGAGAAGCGCCAGGGUUUCCAACUCACGGACGUUGCCCGAUGGUAAGACUGAAGUGACGCUCAUGAACGGGGAGACCCUCACGACAGACCUGUAUUUGCCGACCAUGGGCCUAGUCCCGAACUCGGAGUUUCUGGACGCCAGCCUACUUACCGAGCGUAAAUAUGCGAAUGUGGAUGAUUGCAUGCGCGUAAAGGGCGCCGACAACGUCUGGGCCUGUGGAGAUUUGGUCUCUAAGCCCCGCGCGGGGUUCAUGGCCGCGGACAAGCAGGCUGCUGGCGUUGUCAAAAAUAUCGAGCUUGCCAUCAAGGGCAAAGACCAGCAGGUUGUUAAGGGUAUGCCUGUCGACAUCUUUGUGUGCUCUACAGGCCGCAGCCGCGGCGCUGGCCGUGUCGGUUGGGUCAAGGUGCCCUCGCUCUUCGUUUGGGCUGUCAAGGGCCGUACGCUGGGCUCGGACUGGCUCCCAAAGUACACCAAUGGUUCGCAGUGGUGA